AUGUCACUCAACAUGGUCCUGAGUACUAUUGGAGCGACGAUGACUGAGCGUCAGACCAACGACCUCAUUAAUUUCCGUAAUGACUUAAUUGCUUGGGAGAACACCAGAAAAGAGUACAGAAUCUCUGGCAAAGAUGUCCCUCCGGCAAUCGCAGCCGUCACAAGUUGGAUCGAAACCCAACUCCCGGAAGCAAUCGAAGCCAUAUACGACAGCGACUUGGAGAAAGCGCGCAUCUGUUGUAACCAUAUGCGGUACGGAAUGAGAGCCUUCGAACAGUUUACGCAAGAGGAGGCGCUGUAUGGCGGUCUCAUCAUGGAGCUCAGGCAGAUCCUUAGAGAUCACGACCUGAUAGAGGACCUCCACUGUAGCGCCAAACACCUGCCAGCACUAUGCGCCAAAUAUGACGUGAAGAGAAUUGCGCCGCAGGAUAUUCAAGACGCACAAGAUCAACAGGGUUGGAAGGCGGCCACAAAUUGGUCCGACCUGAUCCGGGGGGCCGAUCGAGAGCAUCACAGCACCGCCGAGUGGAAUCGUCGCUACGGAAGGUGCGAGAAACGUGGGUGGCGAAGCACGCCUUUCGAAUGUCCGCCAAAACCGGAAACGCCUUUCUUAAACGUGGCGCGGGCAGUCGUCGACCUUUGCCUCGAUGAGGUCAGCGAGGAAGAUAACCGGGAGAGCGUCUUGGACAUUGUACGACAACAGAUGUCGACGCCGAAGGACUUCAACCCCUACACGAUAUGA